UGUAACAAUUUGGGAAUAGGCAUAAAGAUAGAUCGUGGACCCCCUAUUCCGAGCUGUGAAUUCCUGUUCAUUUCUUUCCACAUCAGUUAUCCUUCCACUCACAUCAUGUCCUCCGCAGCACAAGAUGCCGCCCUGCACCAAUUGCAGUCAGAGCAGUCCAAGCUCCUUGAUCGCAUUGAUGAGCUCCGCACAAUUGGCGUUGGGGGCCUUGUGGAGCUUCCACAGCUGAUCGUUUGUGGGAAUCAGUCUAGCGGAAAGAGCUCGGUUCUCGAAGCUAUCUCGCGCGUUCAGUUCCCAGCCAAAUCCAGCCUUUGCACUCGGUUUGCUACAGAGGUCAUUCUACGACGUAGCGAGUCUGUGAGCGUCAAGGUAUCAAUAGAGCCUGGUCCCUCAAGAACGGACGAAAAGAGAAAAAAGCAUUUGCGAUCCUUUUCCCCUGAAUCGAUUCCCGACAGCAACAACUUGGGGAAACUAAUUGAGGAGGCCCAAGCGCACAUGGGAUUCGAUAGCUCCGAGGACACAGAGGACUCGGGCUUCAGCGACGAUGUGUUGCGAGUGGAGGUUUCUGGGCCCGACAAGCCCGAACUGACGCUCGUUGACCUCCCUGGGCUCUACUACUCCAUCAGUAAGGACCAGGGCGCAAUAGGGCGCGACAUUGUGCAUUCUUUGACUGAGAGAUACAUGAAAAAUACUCGAAGCAUCAUUCUCGCCGUCAUCUCGUGCAAACAAGAUUAUCACCUACAACAGGUCCUGAAUAUUGCCGACCGAUACGAUCCCCGCCGCGAACGCACUAUGGGGAUUAUCACACAUCCUGACAGUCCCUCUCCUGGUUCUGAAGAGGAGGAAAUAUGGUUGAGUUUUGUCAAGAAUGAAAAGGAUCGCCUCCAAUUGGGAUGGCACGCGCUACGGAACCGGAACUACGAGACGCGCGAAUCUUCGCACAAGGAGAGAGACGAUCGGGAAAAAGAGUUCUUCAACAAGGGGAGGUGGUCGUCCAUUCCCCGAGACUCUGUCGGCAUCGACAGCUUACGCAGUCGUCUCAGCGACGUUCUUCUCAAACACAUCCGUCGCAAUUUGCCAGCACUCAUUGCAGACAUCAAGGAAAAGGUCGCGGAACGUCAGUUGAAGCUACGCAAGCUCGGUACUCCCCGUGCCAGCAUUCAAGAACAAAAGGGGUUCUUGCUUCAUAUCAGUAGCGCCUUCGAGCGAAUUACCGGUCAAGCCCUCAAUGGCAUGUAUGACGAUGAUUUCUUCGGUGGCUUUGAUCCGGAAUCGGAUGAGCAGGAUUUCCGACGUCUUCGUGCAAUCAUUCGCGAACUCAAUGAGUACUUCGCAGAAGCUAUGGAGGUCGCAGGAUAUCGUCGAGAAAUUGUUUAUUCCCACUCAAGGACCAAACGGGACGAUCUUUCCUCCAAUCCCUACCUGCAAGACUGGAGACCGACUUUGGUGGAUCGAAAGACAUUAGAGAUCGAAGUCAGCAAGCAGGCGCGCAAGAAUAGGGGACUUGAAAUGCCCGGAAGCGCCAACCAGUUUCUUGUCGGGGAUUUGUUUCGCGAUCAGUCCAAGCCAUGGGAAGAGAUUGCUAGAGGCCAUUUGAUGGCGACUUGGGAAUCAGUUCGAUACUUCGUUAAACUCGUGCUAAAGCACCUGACCGACGAACACAUAUUUUCACGGAUUGUUGGGGAUCUAUUGGAGCCUGAACUAGAGAAGACAAGAACCAGUCUGCUGGACAAGCUCGACGAAUUGACUUUCUAUAUCAAACGAGGUCAUCCACUACCAGUGGGAAAGAGCUUCCUUGUCCGGAUCCAGCAGGCGAGAAGAGAUCGUGAACUCCAGAGAUUCAGAUCUGCGCUGGGCAAACCGAUUGAUCGAGACACUGAGCUUGCCUUCAGUGAGCUCGAGGAUGCAUUUUCGAACCUCAGAAUUCGCGCCGACGAGCACGCAGCCGCUGAAAUUAUUGACGAGAUGGAAGCUUACUAUGAGACCGCUAUCGUGACUUUUGUGGAUAACGUGGCCACACUGGCGAUUGAAAAUUGUCUUCUUCGCCCUCUGGAUCAAAUGCUCACCAGCCAGACGAUCAAUAACAUGAAAGAUGAGGAGGUCCAGCAACUUGCCGCCGAGCCUUCCUAUAUCCUGGAAGAGCGCGAGCGUUUAAGUGGCGAACUGGCGAAGCUUCAAGCGGGUUUGCGGGCAUUUGGUCCAUUCAACAUUCAUCCUCCAUCAAUGCCUCCUUUUGGAUCCAAGGCAAAACCCCCUUCUACUUCCUCAGAUUCGGCCUCUUCAGGCCAAGAGUCGUCCAAUCCACCAAAGAGUUUAUUUUCUUCGCUUAGCCCCAGUGUGACAUCAUCUGCCUCGGAGCCCUUUUCUGAGUCCGAAACCCAUCCUGAGCCCUUUUUCAGAAACUCGAAAAUGUCUCAAGAAAAACCUAUUUCAAUGUUCUCGAGCACCUUCUCUAAGCCUGCAACCACGUCUUCCCCGUUCACGUUUCAGACCAAUGGAACCGGUCCCUUCAAUGCGACACAAAGUCCUAGCACCAAGAUCUUCAAUUCGUAGGAGCAACCAGUUUUUCUUUACUUUUGUCGUCUUUAAGUUCAUUGCUUAUUUGGCUUGGCCUCCGAAACAAUUUGCGUGUUGAUCUGGUCUCUAUUUUUGCCAACGCGUCCUGUUUCUGUUUGUUCUAGUUCUGUAUUCAGUUAGUUAACUACAUGUUUAUGAAUUUUAGUGAGCUUUGUCACAAAACAUUCGAUGCCAAAACUAGACAGUGGAACCAUUGGCACCAUAUCUGCUGUAGAGCGCCCUUUGAUGGAUAUUCUCCUGAGGAGUUAAGACUGGGCGAUUAUCAACGAAUGGAAGUGUGACGUUGUCUUAAUUCAUGUUUCUCUGCAAUAAAAUCGACCUUCUUGUCCAUUAUGGUCCGGCUGGUGGUAGUCUGUGGAGAUGAAAUAUCCACAGAAUAUAAUAAAGGAAUAG